AUGUCUGCCGCCGACCGGAGACGUGCCCUCAUGGCACUCAAGGCCGAAAUGCGGGCGGCACUGGAAGCAGAAAAGGAUCGGCGGAAAAGGAAAAUUAUUGAAGCGGAAUAUGAAGAGAAGCUCAAGACGCUGAUCGGGCCGCAGCAGCCAGAAGAAUCGGCGACGGAAAAGUCGCCGUCGGUCGAGGAACGGCGAGGGGGGGAAGCGGCUCCGCGCAUCUCCAAAUCCGAGUUGAAGAAGGAGCGGAGGCGCCAGCGGGAAUUGGAGGAGCGACAAUCACUUGUGGAUAAGUUGGGUGAGACUGACUUUUCAGGGCGGGAGGAGGAGCGGCUGAAUGGCUACUUGCCACCGGGCGCGGAGGUGGUAGAGAUCAAAGCCGACGGCAGUUGUCUCUUCCACGCAAUCGCUCACCAACUCAACGCAGUCAAACACUGCCGCGAUCCGGCCACAAUCACGAGGCCGGUUAUGCACACGGCGAACGAUGUGCGUAUGGAGCUGGCAGCCUUCAUCCGUCUGAAUCGAGAAGAGUAUUCCAUGUUUCUCGAAACCCCUUUGGAUGAGUUCUGCAGCCAAAUUGAGCAGGGGAGUGUCUUCGGAGGCGAAAUCGAAAUUCGCGCGGCUAACCAAUGUUACGGCUGCGAUAUAGAAGUGUACACAGAGAAUGGCGUCAUCAAAUACAGUGAAGGCUCCCCCCGCAAUACCAUGCGACUGUGCUACCUCAAACACAAAUAUGCCACACCUCACUAUAACGCAAUCAUUGUUCCUAACGCAUGA